AUGAAUAAAAUUUGUAAAACGAAAAAUGGUAGCAAACUAGAUGGUUGGAUUGAAUCAGAUGGUCUUAAAUACAUUCGAUUAGAUCCACCAGUCGAAUUUCAAGACAAUCCAAUUGAAAAAUUUAUUGAAAAAUUUGCUGUCGAUUUUAUUUCAAAGCUCAUAUCGGAAGCUUUUAUGAUAUCCUGUAAAAUAACGUGGUCAAUACCUUGCUCGCAAGUUUGCCACAUGUCGGAUUCACUUUCAGUUCAUAGCGGAAUUCUAUGGAAUAGUUUUAGAUUAUGCUGGACUCCAGAAGUGUUAUUCAAUGGUCAAAAUGAAAAUGCUUUACCUACAUGUUUAUCUACCUCCCUCAACUCUCUUUCAACUACCAGCAGUGAUAAUAUUGAUGUGUCUAAUAAAAUGAAAUUGUCAGUUUCACAUGGUAAACUCAGAGGGAAACAAAUUUUAGAUGUUUAUAAUGUGCCAUUCGAUAGUGAUAUAUAUGCAGUGCCUGUUGAUGUAGUUCAGAAUAAAAAAUUAAACUCUUGUGAUAAAGAAAACGAGUCAAUUCACGAAUGUGGUUAUUCGAUAGAUUCAGGUUCAGAUGAAUACAUUGUGUCUGUGGCUUCGUCUGAUGAUACAAGUUCUAGUCGCAACAAAAUGAAAUCAAAAGCUGAAAUAACGACAAAUAAUGUGAUAAGACAACCGCGUUGUAUUACGGCUUCAUCUUGCUCAACAACAGAACCCAUACAUGUGACUGUUGAUGAAGUGCAUCAGUACCUGAAAACAUUAUACGCCAAUUCUAAUGACGUCAUAGAAAAUAAAAAUUUUCAACAAUUUUCCAGACAUUUUAAAACUCCGUUCAAAUCGUUACACAAUAGCACAUUAAAUAACGAAGAAAAUAUAAUUAACAGUUUGAAAACGAGGAAUAAUAAUAAGUAUGUGAUAGAAGAAGAAGAAAAUAAAAAAAUGAAAGAAAAUUUAGAAACGUCGACAAAGAUUUUAAGCAAAUUGGAAUCGAAAGAAAAAUUGAAAAAAUGGUCGAGUUGUCGUCCUAAUUUUUCAUACAACAUCAAAGAAACAUUGUGCAACAUAUUUCGUUUUAAAAAAAUCCCAUCUCCCGAUCAAUGUUUGGGAAGGAAAGAAAUCAAUUACAGGAGCGAUGAAGUGGGUAUCAGAUUGAGCGGUUACGAAGAUCGAAAUCCGCCAAGUCCCAUAACGAAACCUCCAUUUUCCAAAAGAGCUUUGCCGCCACUUCCGGGAGUCGAAGACGAUGAUGGGGAAAAAAUGGCGCUUACAACUGAUUCAACUCCUUUAUCCCCUCAAGAAAACAAAACGAGUAAUAAUACUUCUUUACCUUUCAAAUCUAAAGAAUCUUUUGCUUCCGUUGAUUUUGCGUCCAGCAUUGAAAAAGUAAAAGACUGUGGAUGGUAUUGGGGUCCCAUAUCCGGUAAAGUGGCUGAAAAAAUUUUAUCCAACGAACCUGAUGGAUCUUUUAUCGUUAGAGACAGUAGUGACGAUUAUUAUAUAUUUUCACUUACAUUUAAACUUAAUUCUAUCAUAAGACACGUCCGAAUAGAACAUGAUCACGGUAAUUUUAGUUUUGGAAGUUCUACAAGGUUUAAAAGUCACACGAUCGUCGAUUUUAUAGAGAGUGCAGUCGAACACUCCAGAAGUGGUCGAUAUUUGUUUUUCCUUCAUCGUCGACCCGUAUUAGGACCAAUGAGAGUACAAUUACUUCAUCCCGUAUCACGUUUUAAACAAGUUCAAAGUCUUCAACACAUGUGCAGAUUUGUCAUAUUAAAAUCAGUUAGAAAAGAUCAUAUAAAAUAUUUACCACUUCCGAAUAAAGUUUUGGAUUAUCUAUCGACUCAACAUUAUUAUUCGGAAAAUUUUUUAACGGACGAUCUUAGCAGCGAUACAUUCAAGGAUAAUAAUAAUCAAUUUUGGCCUUUCGAAAAUCCAACGGAGGGUUUUUCCUGA